UGCACACACAGUGCAAACACACAACCCGUACCCCAAGAUAUUGUUAAGGUGCUCUUGUAAUGGAACUCAGAUUGAGGAUUAUUACACAGUGAUGCUGCCAAACCAGUUCACUUUCUCUGCACUUUCUUCAACAACAGAAACAAAGCAUUGUGAAUUAAUGCAGUAAUUGUAUCUGGGAACCUACAUACAGCUCAGGAACUUAAAACGAAUGUGACUGUCACCCUUCUUUAGUAAUUUGCCCACAGCUAGUAUUGGACCUAGACCAAUUCCUCCACUAUGUCCUCUGGAUUCUACCUGGUCCAGUGGAUGCCAGGACCGUGUACAGAACCAGGAACCAGUAAAGAAUUCAGUAUAAUUGGACUAGAAGAUAUCAAAGAUGACUAUCGAUAUGCCUUGGAGACUGGACGUAUCACCAUGGCAACGUAUCGCUUUCGGAGUGGUUCUAACGUCGGCAGCAUGCAUCGCUUGUGCAAGGUGCUUGGAUCCGCAGGGGAUAAAUCUCUUUUGGAGGUCGACUUGAUGGCCUUUAUGAACGGAGGCGAGGAUGGGUCUGGAGUCUAUACUAUAGAAGAUGAAAAGCCAAAUCAGCUGACCUUUAGGAAGCAGUCUGGCUCUAGGCCUCCACCUUGGGAGGUUGAGAAAGAGAUGCUCACACUGCUGGAGGAGAACCAUAAAGUCAAAAGAGAGAACGAAGCACUGAGAACAAAGCUUGCCAAAGCAGUUGAUGUGAGUGACUUGAAGAACAUUUUGGAGACUACCAUACUCAACAUCCAGAAAAAACAAAUUGUCCAACCAUCUCUCAAUGAACAGACUCCCUCCAGCCGCGUGUCCCAGCCAAUCAUCGAAACCCUGCCCAUGACUCAAGACAUGGACUUGAUCUCACAACCUCAGCUCUCCAGUAUGGUUGAUCACAACAUGUCGUCAAUGCAAGGGUUUCCCUUAUCUACACCGGUCACACAGAGACAACCUCCUAGGCGAGCCCCAAUAGUAAACUCUGUGAGCCACCAGUUAACAAGAACAUCCUCGUCCACUACUACUCCUGCCCAAAGUCAGUCUAGAGCACCAGAGUCAGAAAUGGAUAACCCUUACAUCGUCAGAGUUCAGUCACUAGCCGAGUCAACGCCCGUUCCACCAGCACCGCCACACCCUGUCGAAAUCCGACCAGCUGGGACUGCUCCACGUGAGAAACAAGGGGGAAAUUCCAUCAACCAAUUAAACAGAGGGUACACUAGGCCUUCGGCGCAGAUCAACCAGCGAAAGAACAAUGUGAGACAGAGGCAGAUAAAGACCCCUCAGUGGCAGGCUAGCUAUGUUUCAGAUGGUAUCACUGAACGUCUCAGGAUUGGACGGAGUGGGGUGAGCCAAAGCCCUUCCAUGAGUACCAAUAGUACUCUAGCAAAUAUUUCGGCACCAUCAAUACAACGCAUGAAACCUAUUACGAUGAAGGGUGCGGCUCAAGAUGAUCAUGAUGGGGAUAAGCUGGUUGAGCUUGUUGCAGGCUCAGGCAUCUGGUUACCAAGGAAACAGCUAAAACUGUCGCAGAGAACCAAAGGACUCAGCCAGUACACCAGGAAAUUAGUCAUGCUCCUGUUCAACAUGAAAGAACUCAGUACCAGCUCUGUUACUGGCUUCAAGGCAACAGGCAAAGGCAGUGAGAAUGCCAUCAAGCGUCCGGCCCUGGACCCCAAGAGAGUUCAUGCCAUAAUCACCGCUGUUCAGAAGCGUUUCCCUGCAGCUUCACCUUUCAAAGUCAAGCAAGUCAUGAGUCAGAAGCUGAUGGAUAUCCGAAAGACAGUCCGGAAUAAACAACUCAAGAAUGCCACAUGGAAACAAAGAGGAUUACACCAUGGCAUAAUCUAAGAUGGACUAGUUUCCUGCAUGUAAGAGACAUUGACAUUUGUUUAUUCACUCUAGUUGAGUUCUUGUUGAAAUUUUUAUCAAUUAAAAGUUAAUGCCACUGCCAAAAACCAUCUGAAAGCAACAAUAAUUAGACUAUGUUCAUUAGGUCACCAGGAGAUUAAAGGGUUUUUCCUCAAAAGGACCCUGUUUGGAAUUUUCAUUGUUGCCUUGGUAUAGAGUAUAAAUCUCUCUUUGGUCUACAUGCUAGCCAAAGCAGAAAACAAAAAUAGUAUAUGAACUUGUGAAAAUUAUCACCAGGGAGGUGUGUCACAAAGAUUUAAGUGAGACUUUUUGAGUCGCACUUUAAUUCCCAAUUGCUUCCUGUAUAAAAGUCAUCACAGAAUUAGUUAAUUUGAGCCCAGGUGACGCGUGCUACGGAGUAUUAAUCAAUUACGAUUCAUCUGCAAGUAUGCAUUUAAUCAUGACUCUGAGUCACACUUAACUCUUUGUGAAACCAACCCCUGGUCCUGGUUGUGAUAAUCUCAUUGUGAUACAGGUAAUCAAUUACCUACAUGUAUUAUAUAAAAUGCAGCUAUACAGAAACCAUAGUGAUUUUGUACAGUGUACAUAAUGUAAAGAAAAUCACCCUAAGGAACACGUUGUUUUUGGGGUGCUUGCUAGGUUUUUUUUUGUUCAAUCAAAGCUGUAUAGUUAUGCAGGUUAAUAUUUUUUCUUUACUUUACUAUAUCUGUUCAUCCGUCCAGAAGUUGAGAUUCAGUAAAAAAAACUUUGCUAUUGGUACGUGUACACUGUCGACAAAAUGUUUGUCGAUAAACAGCAUUAGUAUUUUGUCGAAGACUUAUACAAAGACUAAGAAGCCAUUUAUAAAGUUGAUGAACAUUUUUUGCAAGGGAUAAAGAGAAAAAGAGUUUCAGUUAUCUUUAUAUUUGCCUAGUUUGUGAAACUGUUUUAGGACUGGUGACAGCAUGGCUUGUGUCUAUAAAGGGAUCAUGAUCCAUUUUACUUGUACCAGGGAUUUGUCGCUUGCAAAAACCAUUCAUGAUAAUGAUGAUUUCAUUACUUGGUAGCAAAAAAAAAUCUGCUAAUUUGCUAAACAAGCAAGCAAAAAAAGUAUUAUGGUAUGAUCAUUGUUCAACUUCAAAUAAAGCAGCCAGCAUUACCUAUUUGUUCUAUGUUUCGAAUCAAUGACUUAUGAAUGUAAUGGUGUAAUCAAAAAAGUGUUUGAAUAAAAGAAAAACAGGUUUGAACAUUUCAUUUGAUGAUAUGAAUAUGAAUCAUAUUUGAUUAAUUAUAAAAAUCUUAAUUCACAUUGGUUUCAAUGCAGAAACCUUUGUAGGAUACAGAAACAUUGUUUUCGUGAAAAUCAUUGUUUGUUACCUACUAAUAACUUUAGAAAAUUUGGUAAAACUAUGUAACACAUUUUCUUUGACGUUUGGUUUUCCUUAAAGUUAUGAAUCUACUGCCGUAAACAUGGAAAAUGUCUUAUAAAGCAUGUCUUCUUGCCCAUUUGCGAUGUGUUUUAUUGAAAUUAUUGACAUUCCAUUGCAAAGGUUGAAUUUGACCGACACUCAAUUUGAAGGUUUUUGGAACAAAUCCAGUGAUAGCAAAAUUGAUAAUUUCAUAAAUUUCAUAACAAUAACAGUGCCAAACAUUUGACCAAACAGCACCGUUUCUCUGUUCCUGUUUUUUGGUUUAUUGUUGCUUUUAUUAAUUUGAUUCAAUCACUCAUCAUUAAAGCAAACAUACUACCACA